CUACGGUUGAUCACUGUAAGUACGUCCCGCGGGCCGGACGGGCACGACUUGCCUCGACGUUCACGACGAGAGGAAAAUUUGGAUGUCUCGACUGAGUCGACUCUCGAGUCUUCCCCUUGGCAUGAGUCACAAAAUGACCCAUCCCCACUUUAAGGCCCAGGAGCCGCAGACCCAUAGCCAGUAGUAGUUGGCCCUAUCGUCUUCGUUCGCUUAUUCCACCCUAGCAAUUACUGCUGCAAUAUUUUUGGGAUCCCGGCUAAUGCUUUCUUGGCCAGUAUGAAGCGCUUCAAAAUCCAUCACAUUUUUUUUUCUCUGGGAGGUGCCGUGAAGCGGCAUUCUCCACCUUCACGUCACCGUCGUGCGCGUGACACGGUGAUACUCGUUGGUUUACCUCAUUUGCCACUGCGAGAUGCUGAUUCUCUGACAUUAGUAGCAACCACUGUAGAAGACAUACGUUUUACCCUGCACAGAAGAUUCAUUCAAGUCUACGACCUAUCGCAACUGAUGGACUUUGCAAGACAAUUGCUCAAAGCGCUCGAGGUUCCCCAUACUCGAGAAGAGCGUGCUCCCUCCGACCUGCAAUUUGUUUCGAGCGACGAUCUACUGCCAGUUCCAAUAGAGGAAAGAACAUGGACUCCAUUCAGUUAUGUCGCUUUCUGGACGAGCACGUCAAUCAAUGUUGGAACUUGGAUGAUAACCUCUAGCAUGAUCGUCAUGGGCAUGUCGUGGUGGCAAGCCUGGCUGACUAUCUGGAUUGGUUAUGGUGUGAUGACGCCGUUUGUCGUCCUGUUGGGCCGACCGGGUGCUGUAUUUCAUGUCACCUUCCCUGUCGUCAACCGUGCCAGCUUCGGAAUAUUUGGAAGCUUGUGGUGUGUAUUCAAUAGAGCGGCGAUGGCAUGUAUCUGGUACGGAGUGCAAUCGAGUAUCGGCGGUUCAUGCGUCUUAGUGAUGCUCCGUGCAAUCUGGCCAAGUGUUAAUAAUAUCCCAAAUUCCAUGCCCUUGUCCUCUGGCACUAACACCAGGGAUUUCAUGUGCUUCCUCAUUUUUUGGGUUAUAUCUUUGCCCUUCAUAUGGCCUCCCGUGCACACAAUUCGUCAUUUCUUCACGUUCAAGACGAUCGUCUCACCCAUUGCCUGUGUCAUCUUUAUGAUUUGGUGCAUCGUCAAGGCAAAAGGUGUUGGACCGAUCGUCAAACAGCCGGCAACCAUCCAUGGCUCCGAACUGGCAUGGGCCAUGAUCAGUAGUGUUGGUAUAUGCCUCAGUAACCUCAUCACAUUGACUACAAAUGCGCCGGAUUUUGGGUCACGGGCGAAGACUCCAUCCGCACCGGUCAUGUCCCAGCUCUUGUCCAUCCCCCUCUCUUAUGGUUUAGUCUGUCUCUUUGGUGUGAUCGUCAGCUCAUCGUCACAGACAAUCUACGGGGAAGUAAUUUGGUCACCAGUGGAUUUGCUGGGAAUGUUCUUGGACGACGACCCAUCCCCUGCCACUCGAUUUGGUGUCUGGUUCAUCGCCUUCUCUCUCAUUAUAGCCCAGAUAGGAACGAACAUCUGCGCUAACUCGGUCAGUGCGGGUUGUGAUCUGACGGCGCUAUUUCCACGUUUCAUCAAUAUCAGACGGGGCGGGUAUAUAUCAGCAAUUGUCGGACUUGUCAUGUGUCCCUGGAACCUGGUAUCAAGCAGCAGCCGUUUUUCCUCCUAUAUAUCUGCGUACUCGGUCUUCCUGAGCGCGAUCGCGGGAGUUAUGGCCACUGAAUACUGGUUUGUGCGCAAGGGCCAUUAUAACGUCGCCGACUUCUACGUCACCCGCAAAGGAAGUUGGUACUGGUACAAUUAUGGUUUCAACCCCAGAGCGUACGCAGCAUACGUGGCAGGCAUCGCCAUCAAUGUAGUGGGUUUCGCUGGGAAUACUGGAACACCCGUACCAGCUGCUGCGACUCACAUAUUCGACUUGUCGUUCUUCACAGGAUUUGGCACUGCAAGUAUUGUGUACUAUCUAUUGAGCAGGGUGUUUCCGGUUCCUGGAGCUGCUGACAUAUUUGAGGAAAUAGAUGUAUCUGGGUAUGAGGAAAAGAUGGCGAGCUGCGAUGAAGAUACAAAAUCAAAGGACGAUUCCACAGAGAAGGAGUUAUCUACCGCAUAGAUUUUAGUAACGGACUUCGGACAGUCAAUAAACAUCCAAGGGGCCAAGUGAUGAAACAUGGACCUGGUAGUCCAAAAAUGAUUACAUAAUAAAACUCCUUCGGUAGAGUAUACCACACACUGGCAGGUGUUCUUAACGUUCAUCAUGUAGUUGUCAAAAUCUCUCGGCAAUCACUACUACACCCAGCACUUCCAUAUUCCAUCACUUCCCUUGGAUGCCUAUCGAGUGAUGCG